AUGCCGAAGCGCAAGCUCUCCGAGCUCCACGGUCAAUCGAGACUCGACACUCGCAAAUUGUCAAUCAAAGCUGUGCGACUUACCACCAAGUUUGAACAAGGAGUGCAGAUCCUCGCGAAGGGGCUCAAGACAGCUCGUGGAUUUGAGAGGCAAAAGUUGAGUCGUCGUGAGAAGACAGCAAAGACAGAGAACAAUGCGGCGACUCUGGAACGACUUGCAGAGGAGGUAGAAGCCUUAAAGGCAAUCGAUUAUCCAGUUACCGCAGAGCGAUAUUUGUUCAAGCAACUAGUCAAGACGAAGCGUAUCGCUGAAACACCGACUUUUAAGGAAUUUCAAGAAGCGAAGAAUGUCCGUCUCGAUGGUCCAAAGAGCGCGGCGGAGUCCAAUGUAUACGGCCGUCUUUUCAAAUCAACGCCCGUGAAGAACGUGAUGCCCGACAUCAUGACUGGUAUUCGGAAGUUACUGGGUGUUGACGACCUCCCCGCGAGCAAACCAGGAAAAUCGAGUGCGCAGAAGGAAGUCGCAAAGAAGGAAAAGCCCGUUGUACCGAAACCGGACAGGUCCUCGGAAUCAGAGAAUGAACAAUUGACGGCCAAGAAACGGAAAAAGUCGACUACGGGCGAGGAGUCAGGUUCAGAUCCCGAAGACGGAAGUGUCCAGCAUGUUUCCGGGGAUGAGGAUUUGGAUAGUGACGAUUUCGCCCAAUUCGACUCACGCCUAGCCCCGGGCACAGAUGACGAGGACGAGCAAGACGAAGACGGAGAAGCAGAUGGGGAAACAGGAGUAUCAGGGUCCGAAUCAGAAUCCGAAUCCGCCUACGGAAAUAGACGUCGGCGAGACCUGGCAGAUGAUAUUUCCGACUCAGUAUCCCGCUCCCCGUCUCCAGACUUUUCCGCCGAGGACUCGCCCCCUCCCAAAAAGGUCAAGGGAGAAAAGACUUCUAAGGAUCCCGUGCAAAGUACGACUUUCCUCCCGUCCCUGAUGAUGGGUGGAUAUUGGUCUGGUUCCGAAGAGGAAGCCACGGAUGACGAUGCAGCUGCUCCACCCAAGCGGAAAAACCGCAUGGGCCAACAGGCUCGUCGGGCUCUCUGGGAGAAAAAAUAUGGUGCGAAAGCAAACCACAUCCAGGAAGAGCAAAGAAAGCAGAAAUACAGCCGUGACAGCGGCUGGGACACACGCAAGGGUGCGACAGGAGGGCCUGGCGGUCGCGGAGGCGGCAGAGGUGGACGUGGUGGCUUUGGAGCAGGCCGUCCUUUCAAUCCUCACGACCAGCACUACGGCGGCGACACUGCUAGACCGAGUCACUCAAACAAGCCCAGGGGUCCCCCUAAAGAUACUGGCCCACUGCAUCCGUCAUGGGAGGCCAAGAAGAAGCUCAAGGAACAAGCAUCUACGGCAACGUUCCAGGGAAAGAAGGUCGUGUUCGAUUAG